CAACUUUCACAUUUGAAGCCUACCCGGCCGGCCCGUUGUUGAAAAACUCUCUCUUUCACAUGCAGUUUCCCAUUGCCUCUCUCCUCCACCACCUACACCCCUUCUGGACUGAUUUUCAGAACUGUUCUGUUGAUUGUGACUGUGAUCACGGUCGUGAUCAUCAUAUGGGUUGCAGAGUCUUCAAUUAUUGGAAGUGAGUUUGCUUGAACAGGCUUUUUAUUUCCGUUUUUCCUUUUUCAAUCCUAAAGUCGGAAACUUGUGGGGACUUUGAGCAUGAAAAGCUCUUUCUAAGACUUUGUGGAAGAUGGGGUUUGGGAAUAAUGCAAUUCAAGCAGGGAGUUUGGAUGUGGGGAAGUCAAAGGUAAAGAUGCAAAAGGCUGGUGCAGAAAAGGAAAUUGGGUGCUGUGUUAAAUUCUGUUUCAUUGGGAGCUGUAUACCUUCAAGAUCAAAGGUUGAUACUUCCAUCAGUGGCACUAGUGCUAACAGUGUGGAAAAAACACCUGCAUAUGAGAAAAACAAGAAGGAAACAAAUGCUCUUCCAGGGUCCUCUACAACAACCAGUAAUGCAGAAAGUAUCCCUUCCACCCCAAAAUUCAGUGAGGAGUUGAAGGUUUCUUCUCGUUUGAGAAAAUUUACAUUCAAUGAGCUUAAGUUGGCCACUAGGAAUUUCAGACCAGAGAGUCUUCUUGGUGAGGGAGGGUUUGGAUGUGUUUUCAAGGGCUGGAUUGAAGAAAAUGGUACUGCACCCGUGAAACCUGGUACCGGGCUUACUGUAGCUGUGAAAACUCUCAACCAUGAUGGGCUUCAGGGUCACAAAGAGUGGCUUGCAGAGUUAGACAUUCUUGGUGACCUCGUCCAUCCAAAUCUGGUCAAAUUGGUUGGUUUCUGUAUUGAAGAUGACCAAAGAUUGCUGGUUUAUGAAUGCAUGCCCCGUGGAAGUUUGGAGAACCACCUCUUCAGAAAAGGGUCGUUGCCUCUUCCUUGGUCUAUCAGAAUGAAAAUUGCACUUGGUGCCGCAAAAGGUCUUUCUUUUCUCCAUGAAGAAGCUCAGCGACCAGUAAUCUAUCGUGAUUUUAAGACAUCUAAUAUUCUGUUGGAUGCGGAAUACAAUGCAAAGCUCUCUGAUUUUGGACUCGCCAAAGAUGGUCCUGAAGGGGAAAAGACACAUAUAUCAACAAGAGUCAUGGGAACAUAUGGUUAUGCAGCUCCUGAGUAUGUGAUGACUGGACACUUGACAUCAAAAAGUGAUGUCUAUAGUUUUGGAGUAGUACUGUUAGAAAUGCUGACCGGGCGGCGAUCCAUCGAUAAGAACAGACCAAAUGGGGAACACAAUCUUGUGGAGUGGGCAAGGCCUGUGCUUGGCGACAGGAGGAUGUUACUACGGAUCAUUGAUCCUCGCCUUGAAGGUCACUUCUCUGUUAAAGGGGCACAGAAGGCUGCACAGCUGGCUGCUCAAUGCCUCUGCCGUGAUCCAAAAUCCAGACCUAUGAUGAGUGAUGUUGUUCAUGCUCUGAAGCAUUUGCAAAACCUCAAGGAUAUGGCCAUCUCAACUUUUCAUUUCCAGGUUGCACGAGUGGAUCGAACCAUGUCCAUGCCAACUUCUAAAAAUGGUAUGCAAGCACAGUUAACAAUAUCAAGGAAGGGUCAACCUGCAAGGUCCUUGUCAAGUCCAAAAGGCCCUCAUGGUUCUCCUUAUCAUCAUUAUAUCAAGUCACCAAAACCAAAUGGAUGAUAAUAUCAUGGUUGUGUCUUUGAUUUGCUUUUCUAUUCAUUCAGUUCCCUCAACUUAGGCUAUCAGCUGAACAGAAACUGUUUGUGUUUUUAAAAAUGCUCUGAAAUUUGAGGAAUCAUUAGAGUUUUCUGACCUUAUCUUGUCUCAAAUAAGGUGGGGGAUGGUGGGGACCAUGAUAGAGUUUCCUGGACUACAAAGUUUAGUGGGGACUGAAUUGACCAAACUUGAAGAGAAAACUAUACAGUUUUCACAUGGAGAAUUUGUUACUGUGAAGUUGCUAUACUUUUUCUACCAUUUCACAGGCUUUCUUCUGCCUUUCAGAAUGUAUUUUUGUAAAGAAAACAGGAUGGUGGUGUUAACUCAUGUUAUUCAUAGAGAUUUUUACAUACUAAUUCGUCAAUAUACUUUCAGUUAAUACUUAUCAGUGUAAUUAAGUGUUGUACUAAAUAUGCUACAGUUUGGAAUUUCAACCACUUAAAAGGUUCUCAACUUUCUUCUUUUGUCA